AUGCCUUCUUCACUCAAGGUCCCGGAAUCCGGCCUCAUUCUUGAGAGCUCGGCCGCCUCGGGAAAUCCUGUACCACCACAGGCUUUCUGCAUCAACCUUUCUGACCAUGUACUCGAGGACAUGAUCAAGUGUGUACAGGGUGGUGAGGACCUCCAAUUGUCCUUGGGGAGCAGCCCGACACUGCUCUACGGCUCCAGUUCCCACACCCUCUCUCCGAUUUCCGCCACAUUCUCACACGACCUCUUCCUCACGAAACCAUUCGAAUCGACGAAACGAGCUACACGACUACCACAAACCUCCUCACUAUGGAAGAGGCUGCCCGGCUCCGAGGCUCCCAAGAAGGGCGAGCAGGCCAAGGCCAAGGGUGCACCUUCAACCUCGUCGUCUGGCAUGGACUCAGAUAUAGAGAAUCUGCAGAAUUCCAUCGCAGCGGCGACGGCAUCGAAGAAGCAAUCAAAGGUCAUGGAUAGGCCGCUGCCGGGCACCAACAAGAAGGCCACGGGAAAGACAGCCAAGUCCAAGUUGCUGUCGAGCAUGGCGUCAUACGGCAAUGGUGGCGGCAAGUCAUCGCCCUCAGGGUCACCGGCUCUGGUAGCUGUUAGCUCACCAUCGAUAAAUCCUGUCUACGCUUCUUCGCAACAGAUCGUCGAGAAGUCCAAGGAGCAAAGAUCUAUGAUUGUACACGAACUAGCGGUGCAGGAGCGGCCGGCCGACUACCUGGAGAGCCUUUGGGAAGGCAAAUACGAAGAUUUCAAGCCUGCCCUGGAGAAGGUGGCCCAGUUCGAGCCGGACACGCAGAUGUGGGCACUGAGAAAGAACUACUGGAGAGAGUUGGACGUGUGGAAGUACGAAUAUGAUACCCAAGAUACCCGACAGAAAGCGAUCGACAACGCAAUCCGUCAAUUCGAUAAGAUGCGGCUGGCGACAACGGAAACCGAGUGGCAGAAGCUCUUGCCGCGGGAAGAGCGAGGAAAGGGCAAGAUCCUCAGCAAGUUGCAGGCAAAUAUCGCCAAGGCUUCCGCCGCACCGCCUCCUAAGAUCAAG